AAGAACUGUGGCUACACUGAGGUUUGAGAGUUAUUUGUUAGAUUUUGCUGAAGGCUAUAAAAUGAGCUAGGGAAAAUGCAAUGUCUGUUUGCAAUUUGAGCAUUAUUUAAAAUUGGUUUCCCCCCUUUUAUAAUUCUGUUGUUCAUGCUGUGGUAGUCAGCUUGAACUUUUUCAGGUUCCUUAAAGGGGUUAUCUCCAUCCUGUUCCACAGGGAGAACAGAUGGGUUGUCCUUUACAAUUCAGUGUCCACCUGCACUUGAUUAGACAGCAGCAGUUUUACAUACCGCACCACCAGAAUCCCAUGAUGACAUAGCCUCAGACAACAGCGUGACUAGGAUUUUUCCCCCCAAGCCCUUGUAUCACAGAGGAUCUGGCAGCCAGUUACCUUCUGACACUGUUUAUAGCAUAUAUUGGUUGAUCCAGUCCCUUACUGAAUCUGCUGUGGGAAUUAAAGCAAGCAGCUUCAAGUCAGAAAGGUAAGUGCUCUCGCAUGCUUUAACACUAACAAUCAAACAGCUGAAGGAAGCAGUAAUGAGAACAUGCCACAACUUUGCCAAUUUGCAAACUGAAUACAGUUGCUUUUGUGCAGUUGCCUUCACAGUUUGUUUUUAAAUGCUCCACAUGUUUUGUGGGUUAUUGUUGUACUCCUUUGUAGAACAUCUUGGCUUCUACGAGAAGGGACAUUCAGUACAAAUGACCAAGCCUUUGAGAGGGGGGUAAAUCCUAGCAAACGAAAAUUUCUAUAUAUCCAACUACUGAUUACUAUGUUAACAAAAUUUAAAAAAAAAUAAUUUUUAAAUGGAGUUAAAAUUUAAAUCAAUAUGCUUAAUUUGACUCCACUAUAAUUGGAAUAUUAUGAUGCAUGAAAGAAGACUAUACAAAAUAUUAUAUGCUGGAGAGUUUUGUGUGCAGCAGUUUACAGUUUAGUUUCCCUGUUUCAUGGAAAUGUUCUGGAGUCUUCAUAACGAAACUUUUAAAACUAGCACACAAGUAAUUUGCUUGCUUACUGCAAAGUAAUAGGCUUCUUUUUUUUCAUGGAAGAAGAUUCCAAAUGUCAAAGUAAUGCUUGCAACAGAAAUUUUAAGGAGAUUUUUAGAAGAUUUUCAAAUAUAUGUGUCAGAGAAGUGUUCAUAAAGUACCAGUUUACUAAUGACCCAAUUCUUGAUUCACACACAUGUGAAAUGGUAAUACUUAGGAUUACAAAGCACAAUGAUGAACUGUCAGUCAAAUUUUAAAGAGAAAUCUUGAAGGAGUCAUCCACAUACUAUGCCAUCCUAGAUCUUUUAAAUAUAUUGGUUAGGAGUUAAAAUAUAAAACCUUUUGUUUGAGUAUUUGUCUAACUUCACUAAAAUCAAUGAAAAUUUUCCAGUUUCUCCAAUGGAAACUCAACCAUCUCAUCCAUAUGUCUUUCAUUUCCCAAAUUCUAUCUUGUCAAAACUUCCAAGGUCCUAAUUACCUCUAAUUUGCAAGGAUUCACUGAAUAAAUAAAUUAUAUUUCAUAAAUACAUACCAAGGCCCAACAUUUUCUGUACAUCCAACUAUUAGUUCUCUCAAAGAUCUACAAAGAAAUGUUUUAUUUUAAAAAUAAAUUGCUACAGCUAAAUAAUAAGGUGCAUUUAUAUGUUAUGGUCUCAAGGGCAAUAUUUUAAAAUUUCUCUGGGAUGGAGAGGAUGCAGUGUUUCAGAAUGAUCACUGCCUAGGGCAAAGAAAGCUUUUGCUGCACAAGUAAUUAGUACAAGCAAUAGGUUUUUAAAUUUUUAUUUUCAUGUGCAGCACACAAACGAUCCAGCCAUUCCAUUAAGAUGUUGCUAGGCAUAUUUAUCCAGGGCAAAAAAAUCAAGUGGCAAAAGAAUAUGCACUUGUAACAUGAGAACAUGAAAUUUGCUUAUGGCUGUCCAAAUCUAAUGCAGCUGUGGCAGCUGCACUGCAAAGAUUAGCUUCCAUGGAGGCAUUUAUUCCUUUUCUUACAUUUAUAUCCUGCCUUUCUUCCAUCACAGAACCCAAGGGGCAUACAUGAGGUUCCCAGAUGAUCCCCCCUUCCAGACACUGACCAGACCCAGACUUGCUUAGUUACAGCAAGGUGAUGAUAGCCUCAUUUGCCUUCAGACCAUAUUCUGGGCAGCAUUUAUUUAUUGAUUUCCUAAAUUCCUGUGCUACUCAUUCUGCUAAAUUUCCCCAAAUUUCUAUCUCACUUCUAUGUCAACCUAUCCUGUAUGCCUCUGCCAAGGCUACCCCUACCAAAACAAACUCUUGUUCAUUGAGAACAGUAUGGACUUACAGAAGCUCCUAUGAGUACUAAGUUGACAAUUGACCACAUAAAAGUUUUCAGUUGAUUCCACUCUGAGGUUGUGCAGAUACGUUUUGGCUACAUUUUCCCUGCACUAAUGUAAUACUACUGACAGUCAGGCUGAAGUGUGUUCCCAAGUUUUGAGAUGCAAUUGUUGCUUGUGGAAUUUCAAAGGUAAACAGCUGAAAUGCUCAAGUAGCCUAUCCUCAUCAAACCCAAAUAAAGUAUCCCACUUUGUGGAGGUAUCCUAAAAAGGUGUAUGUUAUGAAACAAUAGGAACGUUUACUACAAAGAACUCUUGCUUUGGGGAAAGUCUGAAGUCAAAUAUAUUUAUAAUAACCUAAAAUGUAACAAAUAAGGAACUACAUGAAAGACACAUGUUCCAUCCAGUAUGUGAACGUGCUUUAGUGCAUGUGUUAACCAGCAUAUUCAAAUGAAACAUGUUAAACAAAAAUACAAUAAGACUUGCUAUUUCCAAUAUGUAUUAUCCAUCCAUUUCCUAAUGUUUUCUGAUUUCCUAGUGAAAUUAUUACAAAUAUUACAAAUAUACAUGCACCCCCCAAUAAAGUCUGAUCCAACAACAUGAAUGCAUGCCAAAGUGUUUGUUCAUAACAUAUUAUUUAUUAAAUUUAUGUAACACCCUUCAUGCAAGGAUUACAGGGAAGUCUGCAAUCUAAAAGCACAUAAAUACCCACCAUAAGGUAAAGGUAAAGGGACCCCUGACCAUUAGGUCCAGUCGUGACCGACUCUGGGGUUGCGGCGCUCAUCUCGCUUUAUUGGCCGAGUACAGCUUCCAGGUCAUGUGGCCAGCAUGACUAAGCCGCUUCUGGAGAACCAGAGCAGCGCAGGGAAAGGCCGUUUACCUUCCCGCCGGAGCGGUACCUAUUUAUCUACUUGCACUUGGACAUGCUUUCGAACUGCUAGGUUGGCAGGAGCAGGGACCGAGCAACGGGAGCUCACCCCGUCACAGGGAUUCGAACCGCCGACCUUCUGAUCGGCAAGUCCUAGGCUCUGUGGUUUAACCCACAGUGCCACCCAUGUCCCAAUACCCACCAUAGUAACAAACAAAAACAGCAACACCUGCCCCACAGAGUUUAAAAGACAAUAGAUUGUUUAAUUAGCCAAUUUGCCUGGCGCCUAGAUAUAUGUAACAAAGUCUCCCUGGAAAGAGCAUUUCCUAAAUGAGGGGCCACCACAGAAAAGGCCUGUUCUCAUGUUGCCAUCCUCCGGACCUCUUGUGGAGGAGACAUGAAGAAGGGCCUCAGAUGAUGAUCACAAGGUCCAGGUCAGUUCAUAUGGAGAGAGGCAGUCCUUGAGGUAUCGCAGUCCUAAGCCGUUUAAGGCUUUCUGAUCAAAACCAGAACUUUAAAUUGGGCCCAUAAACUAAUUGGCAGCCAGUGCAGUAGGGCCAGGAUUGCCUUUAUAUGCUCUAACCUUCUUGCCCCAGUUAGCAAUUUAUCUGCUAAUUUCUGCACCAGUUGAAGUUUCCAUCUUCAGAGGCAGCCCCACAUAUAAUGUGUUGCAGCAAUCUAAUCUAGAGAUUACCAGAGCAUAGACAGAAGUUGGGCUAUCCCUGUCCAGAUAGAGGCGUAGCUGGGCUCCCAGCUAAAGCUGAUGGAAGGUACUCUGUAUCACUGAAGCCACCUGAGCCUCAAGGAUCCAGAAGUACCUGCAAGCUGCAUACCUGCUCCUUCAAAGGGAAUGUUAUUCCAUCAAGAACAGGCCACCUCCUACCCAUACAGUCUAGGAAACCACUUACUAACAGUGCCUCAGUCUUAUUUGGAUUGAGCUUCAGUUUAUUGGCUCUCAUCCAGUCCAUUACUGAGGCAAGAAAAUGGUCUAGCACAUGAUGGUUAUGUGAAAGUGAUAUCUAUGUUGAAUGUUGGACAUGUAUUAAGAAGUUCUUGUAACAGAUAAUGUAUGACACUGUAUUCCACUUUGCACCAUGGUCAUCAUACAUGGGUGAUCCCAUUUUAUCUUCACAUGGACAGGUAUGUUACACUGAAACAUUGACAGGCCCAAAGUAUCCCAACUGGCUCAAUCCCUGACUGGAAUAUGAACACAGAUAUUCUGAGCUAUAUUAAUUUCUCUAUCCAUCAUAAUUAUUAACAAUGCACCAAAUUUCACUAUACUUUCAUACAGUCAGUUCAUUUUCCAUACAUCCCCUUCAUAGAAAAAUGAACUUCUGUUUUUACUAUUUUGAUAUGCUUCCUUGUAAUCACCAGUCAAGUAACUGUAUGCAUUUUAUCUCCCCUCAACAGGAGCAACACACACUGCAAAGAUGCAUCUGAAUUCUCUUCCUUUCUUCCUUUUCUUGAUUAGUGGCAUCUUCUGUCAAUAUGAUUAUGAUGGGUAUUAUGCUCCACAGCCUGAUUAUGGUUAUGCUGUUUCAAUGUUUGAUCACUCAACAGCAGUCUGUGCACCAGAAUGUACUUGCCCUAUAAGCUAUCCAUCAGCCAUGUAUUGUGACAAUCUUAAACUGAAGAGUCUCCCAAUUAUUCCUCCUGGAAUUAAAUACCUGUAUCUCCGCCAUAAUAUGAUUGAAGGCAUAGAAGAGAAAGCUUUUGAUAAUGUAACAGACCUGGAGUGGCUAAUCCUAGAUCAUAACCAUCUGGAAAAUUCAAAAAUAAAAGGCAGAGUCUUCGCCAAGCUAAAGAGUUUGAAAAAACUUCAUAUUAAUAACAACAAUUUAACCGAAGCUGUUGGACCACUUCCCAAUACUCUGGAUGACGUGCAACUCACUCAUAACAAGAUUUCAAAAAUCAAUCCCAACACAUUUGAAGGACUAGUGAAUCUGACUGUCAUUCACCUACAGCACAACCAACUGUCUGAAGAUACACUUUCUGGAGUUUUUAAAGGCCUAAAUGCACUUUUGUAUCUUGACUUGAGCUUUAAUAAGAUUACUAAACUGCCUUUGGGGCUGCCCCCUAAUUUAAUGAUGCUAUAUUUUGACAAUAAUCAGAUUUCCAACAUUCCUGAUCAGUAUUUCCAGGGUUUUAAAGAUCUUCAGUAUUUACGUCUAUCUCACAAUAAGUUGACAGAUUCUGGAAUACCAGGCAAUGCUUUCAAUAUAUCUACCCUUGUUGAGCUGGAUCUCUCCUAUAAUCAGCUGAAGAGCAUUCCAACAGUAAAUGAGCAUCUCGAAAACUACUACCUCCAAGUCAAUCAGAUAAACAGUGAGUAAUGUUUCCCUUUUUGAAAAAAGGUAAAGGUGAUACAAUGAAAUGUUAGCUAAAUAACAGGUGUGUCCUUAAGUUUGACCUAUGGAACUCCCUCCUGCCUGCACUGCUUAGUACUCCUUACAGGGAGUGAUAUUAUUGCCAGGAUGCAUUCAUACAUUGGUUUCCUCACAGAGGUAACUAUAGGGUCAGGGGUGGCCCAUCCCAUUCUGCCACCUGAGGAGAAAUGGGAAGGUUCCACCACUGAAGCCCUAUCUCUGCCAAACUUUCCCUUACCUGAGUUGCAUGCCAGCGCCCACAAAGCAGCAGUGAGGAUGGGUUCCAAUGAGAUCUUGCAGAGCACGAGAUCUUACAAGAUCUCAUUAUAUUUUGGCAAGAACUCGUGAGAACUUAGCAGAAGCCACUACCUCAUAGUGGGCCAGCCCUGCUAUAUUACCACAGAAGUGAAGAACCAACCUUCUUGCCUGAAUAUAGUUCUGCUAAAAUACAGCACUUGUGUAUUUUAUGAUGUCAAAAAUUUUACAAGACAUGCACAUUGGGAUGCCAACUUGUAACCAACAAAACCAGUAUCAAAAUAGAGAAUAGUGUACUAUAAAUAUAAAAAUAAUAAUAUGAAGAAUUAGAAUUAAGAGCAGUGGGAUCUGACAUUCCCUUCAUAAAAAAUCUAUUCACUGGUGAACAAAUGUUCUACUACACCAAUCAAAAGAUGCCUUUAUUCAGAAAUAGGUAUACUUUCCAUUAGUAAAAAUAUAUACCCACAUGUACAAAUAGAUUAUUUCUUCAUAAAUAGCCUUUCCAAAUAAUGAAAAGCAUGAUAGUUAUCAAAAUUUCUUUCCUGCAGUUCUCCUGCAUUUCCCUUUGCUUCAUACUUGUCCAUCUUUCAUCAGCUCAAAUAUAGUUCUUCUGCCUACUAUUACCAGAAAUCUCAGCUCUCAGAAGUUGUAUCUUUUUAAUACUUUGGCUCAAGUAAUCAUCACAAACAGGAGUUUCAUUUAUUCUGUCUCACCUAGCAAAGAGCUGGAGGAGAUGAAUGAAACCUGCCUGAAGGUGACACAUUGGAAAACAACAGACCUGGUGACAAAAAUGGUGUUUUUCUUCUUUCAGAAAAGUAGUUCUGGCUGUCCUAAGCAAUACUGCAUGGUAAUAAUACAUGCACUAGAUGGAGAAAGCGGGUGGUCUUUAUAACCUGUAUUCAAUUAAUAAUGUGGCAUGAACUUGGUGCGUACCAUCUCUUGUGGGAAGCAUUGCUUUCAAAACAAACCUGGUGUUUUGAUUGGUAGCCCCCUUUGGCUUUCUUUUCUAAUUGUGAUAUACUUCAACGUAUCUAUCUAUCAUCUAUCUAUCUAUCUAUCUAUCUAUCUAUCUAUCAUCUAUCUAUCUAUCAUCUAUGAAAACCAUAAAUCCAUUCUACUGCAACAUAAGUAGGCAUAGUUCACUUAGAAAAUUGUUUGCACAAUCCCAUCUCUAAUUGUUAGGGUUCAUUUGAGCACCAGCUUGCUCUCCUAUUAAUUUCAACGGGGCUCCAAAGAAGCUUCCUGCAGAGGAAUACCCACAGAAUUUACCCCCUGCUAUUUGUUGGGAGGGGAGGAAAGAGAACACACACACCCUUUCUGGCUGUAUGUUUGAUUAGGGCUUAAAACAAACACACACACACACACACACACCACCACCACCACCCCAAAACCCACCCCAAAUUAAACAUAAGGCCCCCCCAACUACUUUGGGACCAGAUCCAGGGCUAGGCAGGUGGUCCCCAUUUUAGCCCAAUGUGGGUCUCCUUGAUUCAGAACCCAUGGAUUGAGGUCAUGAGGUGGCUAGGAGGCUGUACCCAGUCCCAAUAAGUACUAGUUACUUUGGUCCAGAGUAGACAGUGCAUAAGACAUGGGAAAAUCAAUUAAUGAUAUUGAGUGAUAUCCAACAUUAGUCAUACUCAAACUAAGCCCACUGAAAUCAGUGAGCUUAAGUCCACUGAUUUCAAUUGGUCUAUUUUAUGACUAAUGUUGGCUAUCACCCAUUUAUGAUCUGAAUUUGCACACAAAAAACCAAAAACCUAUCUAAUGAAUAGGAUGCUAAGUGAUGACUCCAGAAAUAGGCCUAAAAAGCAAACACUAGGUGAAAAUUAUUUGAAAAGAAGUCCAUUAAUAUACAAGAAACGUGUCGUUGUAAUGUUGCUAUUGCUGCUACUAGUAAUAAAUAAAAAGCUAUAACUACCUAAAGGGAGCACUGUGGUAUUCAACAGAUACAUGAGAACUCAAAUAACACAGUGGACUCAAAUAACACAGAAUGGGCGACUAACACUUUCCAUCCUUAUUCCAGUGAAAGUAUUCUUAAUGGCAUGAUCAAACUAGCAUGGGGUGAAGAGGUGUCAAAUUUUGUUUUGAAAAAAUCAACACAAGGAACAUGCCUACUGUAGAUGAGCUUCACUGAAAUUUCUUUGCUGGAGUAAUAAGUCAUAGUAAAAGGAAAACAAUUUGGCAAAAGCAAAAAAGAAGACUUGGAAAGAGGCAAGGCAGUAAAGAAACAAGCAGCCACUAUUGGUCCUCUUCAUUUGUGGCUAUUAGUUUUCAGAAUAAGAGUUGGGAAAGGGUGACUAGAAGACUCUGAAAAACAAUGUGCGCCCAUGGGUACCCAAAGUAAUGUAUAAACACUAAACUUAUACAACCUCUUGGUUAUUGGGUGAAUAGAAGUUAAGCAGUAGUCUUCUGCUUGUCUAGACUACAGCACCAAACCAGGAACCAGCUUCAGCCAGUGUUCAGUUCUUAGUAACUGUUAACACUGCUAAAUUUGCACAUGGCCACUAUGAACGGUGGCCUGACAGCUUAAAUAUAGCAGCUUGACCAUGAUUAUUAGUGCAGUGCUUGAUAUAUAUAAAAUGUAUUAGAUGAUAGAUAUUUGACACACUUUUAAAGAGCUCCUGAUGAAGCAGAUGCUUUAUUUAUUCCUAUUUAUACAAAAUGUGUAUCCCAAAAAGGAGUUGCUCAAAGCAGCUUACAAUAUAUAUAAAAAGCAUAAAAUCACAAUACUGUAAUCUCAAAAACACAAUAGACUAAAAACAGCAUCAAAGAGCCAAAACAAUCAAUCAAUAAAGUAAGUUAAGCAGCAACAGAAUCAAAAACUUGUUUAAAGAACAAUGUCUUCUGUUGCUCCAGGACAUAAGAGAGAAAAGAUACCCUAGCUCCACAUAACCACUGUUUUGGAGUACAUUGUAAGAACCUUUUCACCAGAAUACAACUGAAAGAAGAUAUUGCCAUACUGAUGAAAACCCAUCCCCAGAUAGUCUCUCCCAGUGGUUUCACGAAGAUUCUGAAAUGCAAAGGGGAUGAAACUGAACCCUGUGGAACCUCAGUCAAUGGGUUGAACACAAGUCCUCAAAGCACUAUCCUCCGAGACCUACAGACAAGAGAGGACUUGUGUCACUGCAAAAUGGUCUCCCAUCCCAGCAAGGCAACCCAUGGUUGAUUGUAUAGAAAGUUCUUUUCAUAUUCAUGCAUCCAUACAUCAACAGGCCAUCAUUUUAAAAUCUCCAGGUGUUUCCAGUGAGAUCAAGCAAAGGUAUCACAUCAAUCUGCACCUUGCAGUCAAAUAAGAAUAAUAAUAAUAAAUGUUCCUACUCAAACAUUUCCCCACAUUUUAUGGGCAGACUGAUGUUCUCAUUGCAGGACAGUAAUACAUGAUUGGAUUAGCCUUACUUUGAAUGCUUUCAGUUGCUUCAUGCCAUUCUGUAAUCUGUAUUUUGGUAUAUUUUAUCUGAUUUUGGUAUGCUUCAUCAGAUUAAUCAGCUCUUAAUCAGUUUUGUAGUGGCCAGACAACUGUUGAGAAAGUAAAAAACCUCAGCUUUACCUCUACUUCUCCUCUCCAAAUCACAGUGUGCUUCUGCUGCUUUUUAACUGUGUGGCAGCCACACAGACCUGCAUUUGUCAUCAAACCAGUAGCACUUGAUGGGACUUUGCACGUGGGGCUGCAUUGUCCUCCUGGUUUCCCAAUGAUUUGCAUCACUGCUGGUUGCUAGGGCAGUGGAGGGUGGGGGCAAGGCAGCUGGGAGCUCAGCGUGGUGCAGGCCCAGUGAUGCAUGGCAGGGGGAAGUCAAGAGCUCAACCAACACAGUCCCCACCUGUGCAGCCCCACCAACCACUACUACAUCAAGUCUAGUUUGGCCUCAGUGGCAAUGGAAAUUUAACUAGUGCCAAAGAAUGCAAAGAUAAAACCAAAUUUAUGAGUGGAAGUAUUAGUUACAGUUACCAUUACCAGCCAGCUAAAACUCUGAUGAGACCUUCAGUCUCAAUUGAGCAAAUCUCUCCCUAAAGGAGCACUUCUUUAAUCUACCCCAUACAAGAUUGAGGGGAACCUUCCAGACCACAAUGGACCACACAUGAGGUCUCGAGUGUAAAAUUACAAAAUCUACUUUAUAAAUUUACCCCUGUCUCUUUAUCUCAAAUCUAGUGCAAAUCUUUCAUUUACAAUUGUUAUAAGGAGACCUUCUGAUGGCCAAAAUUUGUUAAUCACCAGUUUGUUUCCACAAUCUUUUGCAAUAAUUAUCUUCAUUUAAUAACUUUGCUACCCCUUCCAAUUUAUCUACAAAAUGAAAUACACUAGCACUCAGUUUGAAGUAUUUGUUAGCAAACUUCACUAAUUCCAAGAAUUUCAGGAGGUACUGAGUUGUUGAUAGUAAUUAUAAUUUAAUGCAGCAGGGGGAGGAAUUGCAUAAUUCUCAUGUGUUGUAGAGAAAAUAUUUUAAAAUAAUACAAUAUCAGAGGUUAAUUCAUUUAUUUUUAUAAUUAGCUAUGAAUCUAAGAACACAGACAUGGAUCCCUUUGACUAUGACUCAUGAGAUGAUCACAUGCCACAAUCAUGAUGUUAUUGCAAAGACGACAAAUCCAAUAGCCAAUAUAUGUUUCAAUAUACAAAAUCUUGGUACAUUCCAGGGAAUACCACUUGGGGGAUACAGUAGUACCUUGGUUUAGGAACUUAAUCCGUUCUGGAAGUCCGUUCUUAAACCAAAGCGCUCUUAAACCAAGGCGUGCUUUCCCAUAGCAGCGGGGGACUCAAUUUACAAAUGGAACACACUCAACAGGAAGUAGAACAUGUUCUGCUUCCAAGGCAAAGUUCACAAACCAAAAUACCUACUUCCAGGUUUGCAGAACUAAGCUGUUCUUAACCCAAGGGACCACUGCAUAUGAUUCUGCUACUAAUAAUGUGCCUUUGAUAUUACAGAAUUUCCAGUGAGCAGCUUUUGCAAAGUUGUUGGAGCGCUAGCCUACUCAAGGGUCAGACAUCUGCGUUUGGAUGCAAAUAAUCUCACAAGAUCUGAUCUUCCUCAAGAAAUGUACAGCUGUCUCCGAAUGGCUGCUGAUAUCACCGUGGAGUGAUUUGUGCAUUACUUCAUUCAGUGGCCAUCUCCAUUUUCGUAAUUUACCACACUUUAAAGCUAGAAUGUCGUAUUGCAGAAUGUCAAUUGUGUUUGUUAACAAGCAGCAUGGCCACCUUUAAAAAGAAUGCUUCUGUUCUAGAAAAUCUGUGAGGUCAAAGUUUUGUAAAGCUAGGAUGUCCCCAUAGAUUGUGGACAAAAUUGUUUUCAUGUUUCUUUUCUAGACAAGUACAGCCUGAGUUUGAAAAGGAUAUUUUUAAAAAGCACUGUACAUGUAUGAUAAACACACACCACUCCUUGUGUGCAGUCCUACUCAGGUGUGCAGUCCUAACUCAGGUUUGCAGAAGUCAGGCAUAUUCUGAUCUAGAUAGAGUAUUUAGUACUUUAGGGCUGGACCAAUAUAUGUACAUUAUUUUCCUAUAUUCAAAUCAAAGGUUCUCAUCCACUUUUAUUCCUUUGAUUUGCUUUCUUGUUGUGAUUAUAUUACACAGGAAAGCAAUAAAUCAUUAUAGCUAUAUAAAUUGAUAACACAUACAAAAACAUAUUUUAAAACCCCAGUUAACUAUGAUUUAUGCAAAGAAUUGAAAAAAAAGCAACAUUUUCCAGGUUUUUAUUUUGUUAACGCAUUUUAUAUUUAAUCAGUAAAAAAUGUUUUGGUGUGGUUUGUUUAAAUCUUUAAAAUUGAAUUGUUACUUUACAGUCAAACAUGUACACCAUUAUUGUUAUUCAGUUAUUUGCAUGCUACAUUUAACAUGAUUGUAGAAAUAAAACAUAGCAAAUAAAAAUACUGAGUGCAAAUUAUUGUCAAUGUAUGUUUACAUUUUUAGAAAACAGUAAGUGCAGAUGAAAACAAACCAAAAAAUACACUAUAUUUUGCUGAAUUAUUGUAAGACUACAACUCCAUCAAAUAAAUUGUUUUAUGUAUUU